AUGCCAAUUACGAUGUCAGGAUGUUUGGCUAUACACUGCGUUGUUGAGAUUGCAUCUGCAUCAAUGGGUACUUCAUCAACUGCCAAGGUGUGGAGGCAAGGCAUGAGGUAUGGAACUGUUUAUAACCUCAGCGAUUUGAGCUUGUCGGUAGUAGUUUUUAUAAGAAUAUUAGUCUUUCGUGACGAAACGACUGUUGGUCGAGGAGAGGCAAACGUUGAAAUGAAUAGAUUUCGUUCUUGUGCUUGA